GCCACCAAAACAACAACAGAAGAAGAAACCGCCUUAAAAAGUUAGCACAUAAUGACGUUUGCGGACUUUUGACGCCUGAAACAUAAUCUGAAAAUCGUAAAAAAAAAAAAAAAAAAACGAGAGUGGACCGAAAGUACCGGGAGACUAUGUGUUUAAGGAAUGGUCUGGAGCAGUGAGAGGUUGUGGCAGCCUCAUCUGUAGCUGUCAACACGGCGGGGGACCUCAGAACCUCCGUUUGCAGGGUGGUCAUCUACCUCCAAAGGGACAUGUCUGGGGACCGCUGCCUACCACAGCAUCACAUCCAGGAUGAUCCCACCUUUCCCCAUCCCCUUGUGGUUUGUCCCAAGACCAAACCUUGUGGUUAUCGAGAAGCCAUGAGUCUGGGCAACAAGUAUGUCCGACUCAACGUUGGAGGAAUGCUCUUUUUCACCCCGCUGCAGGUGCUAACCAGACAGAACUCCCUGCUGAAAGCCAUGUUCAGUGGAAAGAAAGAAGUCUUCACUGAUAAGGAAGGUUGGAUCCUGAUCGACCGGAGUGGGAAACACUUCAACAGUAUCCUGAAUUACUUGCGUGAAGGUACCGUCACCUUACCCAAAGGUCGUCAGGCUGUCCAGGAGCUGCUGGCUGAGGCAAAGUACUACCGUAUCCAGGGCCUUGUAGAGCUGUGUCAACAUACCCUGCAGGACAAUAAAGAGCAAUCGAUGUGUGUCAUACCUGUGAUUACUUCCUGUAAAGAAGAGGAGCAGCUCAUCCAGUCAUCCUCCAAGCCUGUGGUGAAGCUGUUGUACAACAGAAGCAACAACAAAUACUCCUACACCAGUAACUCAGAUGACAACCUGUUGAAGAACAUUGAGCUGUUUGACCGGCUGUCCCUCAGCUUUAACAGCCGCGUCCUCUUCUUUAAAGAUGUGAUCGGAGAUGAGAUCUGUUGCUGGUCUUUCUACGGUCAGGGCCGCAAGCUGGCUGAGGUCUGCUGCACCUCCAUCGUCUAUGCCACAGAGAAGAAGCAGACCAAGGUGGAGUUCCCUGAAGCUCGCAUCUAUGAGGAAACUCUCAACACAUUGCUCUAUGAGACCAUGCCGCUGCCAGACAACUCCUUGCUGGAGGCCACACGGCGAAGCUACAACAACUGUGGUUCUCUGAGCGAGGAAGAGGAGGGGCCCGGAGGACCUGAGCCGCGUGAGCGCGUCCGAAGAAUUCACGUUAAGAGGUACAGCACAUACGAUGAUCGCCCGCUGGGACACUAAGACUGAAACCUAUGGUGCACCUUGGACUGAGCUCAACCCUACUUUCAUUUCAGCACAACAGUCUUUCCUUACUUUCUCUAUGAAAAUCUACAGGAGGUCCAGGAUGUGAGCUCAGUGUUAUUGUGUUUCUCCAUGUGAACAACUGCACUGUCAGUCCUUCUUUAUCAAAGACUCCACAGCAAUACUAACUGUGGCCUAUAUUUUAUGUAAAGAAUGAAAAAUGUCACUGAUAUGUAUCAUUGUUGGCCUCAUCAGUUACAUCAGCUGGAAAGCAUAUUUCCUAAGGAAUGUAUUUUUUCAAACACAGUUACACAGUUGAUAAACAUGUACAUGUUGCAGCUGUGCCUCUGAUACAUUAUAAUGCUGCUUAUCAUACUGCCUUAUGCCAGUUGUGAAUAUUAAAGUACUUUUAUAUCUC